GUCCACAACAUGGGACCCAGAAACAAAACAGGAGUUUCAGAAUUCCUUCUUAUGGAAGUGACAAAGGAUCUGGACCUGCAGCCACUCCACUUCAUUCUGUUCCUGUUCAUAUACCUAGUCACCAUUCUGGGAAACCUGCUCAUCAUCAUGGCUGUCGUCUCUGACUCCCACCUCCACACCCCCAUGUACCUCUUUCUCUACAACCUGUCCUUUACUGACAUCUGUUUAAGCACGACCACGAUCCCAAAGAUGCUGGUGAACAUCCAAACACAGAAUCAGAGCAUCACUUAUACAAGCUGCCUCAGCCAGCUCUGCUUUGUCCUGGUGUUUGCUAGUUUGGAAAGUUUUCUCCUUGCUAGUUUGGAAAGUUUUCUCCUUGCAGUAACGGCCUAUGACCGAUAUGUGGCCAUUUGUCACCCACUGAGGUACAUGGCCAUCAUGAACUUUCGCCUUUGUGGUCGGCUGAGUCUAUUCUCCUUGUUUAUUAGCAUCGUGGAUGCCCUGCUCCACAGCCUGAUGGUGCUGCAGCUGACGUUUUGCACAGACCUGGAAAUCCCCCUCUUCUUCUGUGAAGUUGUUCAGGUCAUCAAGCUUGCAUGCUCUGAUACCCUCAUCAACAAUAUCCUGAUAUAUUUGGCAACUAGCAUAUUUGGAGGUGUUCCUGUGUGUGGAAUCAUAUUCUCCUAUACUCAAAUUGUCUCCUCAGUUUUGAGAAUGCCAUCAGUGGGUGGAAAGUACAAAGCUUUUUCCACCUGUGUUUCUCACCUCUCAGUUGUGUCCUUAUUAGCCAGGCAGACUGCAGUGGCUUCAGUGGCUUCAGUGAUUUAUACAGUUGUCCCUCAAAUGAUGAACCCUUUCAUCUAUAGUUUGAGGAACAGGGACAUGAAGGAAACUUUGAGAAAACUCAUCAGUAAGAUACCACUGCCUUUUCAGGACUGUGUUAUUUAA